AACACUAAGUUGGUAUGUUCUUUUGUUUUCAGUGGGAUCAUGAGACCUGGUCUCAAUGCCAUUAUGGGACCCUCAGGAGCAGGCAAAUCUGUGUUGUUAGAUGUGUUAGCAGCAAGGAAAGAUCCACAUGGAUUAUCUGGAGAUGUUCUAUUAAAUGGAGCACCUCACCCUGCUGAUUUCAAAUGUCAUUCAUGUUAUGUGUUACAGGAUCAUGUCAUGAUGAACACACUGACAGUGAGAGAAAACUUACAGUUCUCAGCAGCUCUCCGGCUUCCAAUGACUAUGACACAUCUUGAAAAAGAGGAGAGGAUUAACAAGGUCAUUGAAGACUUAGGUCUGAAUAAAGUAGCAGAUUCCAAGGUUGGAACUAAAUUUACCGGUGGUCUGUCUGGGGCAGAAAGAAAAACAACAAGUAUUGCCAUGGAGCUGAUCAUGGAUCCUUCCAUCUUGUUCCUGGAUGAGCCCACUAAUGGUUUAGACUCAAACACAGCACACGCUGUGCUUUCACUCCUGAAAAUGAUGUCUAGCCAGGGACGAACAAUCAUCAUCUCCAUUCAUCAACCUCGGUAUUCCAUCUUCAAGUUAUUUGAUAGCCUCACCUUAUUGGCCUCAGGAAAACUAAUGUUCCAUGGCCCUGCACAGGAGGCUGUGCAGUACUUUGCAUCAGCAGGUAUGGUCGAUUCAUUCACACAUUUUGAAAAGAUAAUUGUGAUAAUCGUGAUGGGACUGGCUAUAGGUGCCAUCUUCCUUGUGCUAAAAAAUGAUUGUAAUGAAAUCCAGAAUAGAGCCUUGGUACUCUUCAUGCUCACCGUCUAUGAAUGUUUCAGCAACAAGUCAGCCGGGGAGAUCUUUGUGGUGGAGAAGCAGCUCUUUCUACAUGAGUAUAACAGUGGGUACUACAGACUAUCAUCCUAUUACCUUGGAAAACUACUGUCUGAAUUACUACCCAGGAGGUUGUUGCCAAGUAUUUUAUUUACUUGUAUUCCAUACUUCAUGCUAGGAUCACUGCCAGUGGCAGAGGGUUUCCUUAUCAUGACGUUUACCCUUAUGAUGGUGCGUUACUCAGCCAGUUCCCUGGCACUGGCCAUAGCUGUGGGUCAGAAUGGGGUGUCCAUAACAACCCUCCUCAUGAACAUCUAUUUUCUGUUUAUGAUGAUAUUUUUGGCGAUGUCACUGUAUUUUGAAGCCAUGGCACCUCAGCUCCUGUGGCUUCAGUACCUCAGUAUUCCUCAUUACGGCUUUAUGGCUUUGCAGCACAAUGAAUUUUUGGAACAAAUCUACUGUGCAGGACUCAAUGCCACAGGAAGCAGUAGCUGUCUCAACUAUAUAAU